GCCCCACAUGACUCUUCGCCAUUGCCAAAACGAAACAAAAACACAGCUGACGUUUUGGAAUAGGGAUCAGAAACCAACUUUCACUUCCGUUAGACAACAAGACUUCUCUUUAACAAGAAACAGGAAUUCAAAAUGCAUAUUUGAUCCUUAAAAGAAUGCAUACACAACUGUAGUAUUUGGGAAUGCUCCCAUGUAUUCAGUGCUGAACAAUGGCGAGACUAGAUAUGGAUGAGAUCGACAGUCUGGAGGGAUGGGUAGCUGUCAAGGACAGUCCCUUUACAGACGCGAUGAUGCCUCCCCGGAUGACGUUCCUGGUGUGCUGGAAUGAUGUAUGUAACAAGGUAGCAGUCACAUGUCGUCUACAUAACAGAGUAGUCAGUGAUGACAAUAACCUCGACAGCCGUACAGGUAUAUUCAGCAUGCAGGAAAUACGAGCCAUACAUGAACUACUUUGUCUCAUCCAUCCGUCCCUACACAGUUUCCUCCCUUACCUUCCAGAGGAGCCGCGCAGUGUGUGGGCAUAUCUAGGCUACCAGGAGCCGCCGAUAGACUACCAGAUGGUAUGCACACAGUUAGAGGAGUAUUUUACCGUUGCCUUAGAAGUGUGUAAGGAGAAGCUUCUUAUGUCUACCUUGUUUGAGGAGCAUACUUCUGAUGAAUAUUUCGAAAAUAUAAGUGAACUCCGUCGUCAAGGUUACCUGGAUGAAAUUGCACGAGCUGAAGAUGAAUUAGAAACAGUGAUUUUUAUGAGGAAGAAUGCAACCAACAUGCAUGAAAUGGGAGAUGUUUAUCAACAGGAAGAUGAUGCCAUGUUUAGAUUAAACGUUGCGUUGUCUGCUUAUUACAACUAUAUAUUGCAGCCUUUCCUUGACCUUCGCGAGAUUGCUUACACAAAUGUAACAGAGGCUAAAAGUUACCUCCAAAAUCCUGAUGUUGGGGACCGAAUCAAGCGUGAAUAUGGCGCCAUGUUUACAGAGUGGCAAGGACAUUAUGAAGAUGCAUUAGACAACAUCCAGAAAACAUAUGUGGAAUAUUACUCAAAAACCUGCUCAUUUUACCAAGCUAUUGUUAACAGGAUGUUACAUGAUGAAAAGCAGUUUGGUAAAACAUCAUUUGAACUAGUCGGUCGAGAGAGGUUGUUGAGGAUACAAGAAGAUCUGAGUUUAGAGAGGUUACAAAUGCUACAGAACGAGAGAAAAACAUUUGUACAGGAACGUGACAAGGUGAAGGAGGAAAUUGCGAGUAUUGACGAACACCCUGGAACAGCGAGUCAGCUGAAACUUCUGGAGGAGCGAGUAUAUUCCUGGCAGGUGUCCAUCUACACACAGCAGUUACGUAUACUGGAUGAAGAAGAGAGACUUGCUAAAACACAAUUGGCAGCCAUUACACGCCAGAUCAAAGACAAGGAAGACGAGGUGGUGUUCUACGACGCGGUGGAGGAUGUGAAGGAGCUGAGUCCUGAUGAGAGCGGAGCUCCAGGAAAGCAGCUUGAUCCCAGAGUCAUCAAGAUCAACACAAAAAGGAUGUCUAUCCAGAAACGACGGGCCAAGAUCAGAAACAUGAAAACAAAUCUUGAAUCAAAGAAGAAGGAUAAAGACCAAAAGAGAAUGGAGGAGGUCGACACAUUUCAACAACACCAUGCAGUUCAAAUGAAAAGGGAUCAAAAGAAAGAAAGGGAGAACAAAAAACAGGAAUUUGUGCAUGAGCAGAGGAGAAAAGCCAUUGAUAGGAUAAAAAAUCACAAAUUUAAAUACCCUACACCAGAAACUAUCAAACCGCCUCGUUACCAGCCUCCUAGUAAGCGUGGUGAUAGUCUUAAGCCUAUAGAAGAGACAAGUUCUCCAAAUCUCGAUGCCAAUAAAACAUUUGUGAAAGUGAAAGGGAAACCUCUUACAAAUUCUCAAAAGACUAUCAAACCUCCAUCUCUUGAUGUCCAGCCUGGGAAAAAGCCUGGGACAGAUCGUCCGAAACCAAAGCCACGACGCUCACUAUCACAAAACCGAGGUGAUGCUGUGGAUGGUGAUUUUCCUAUACAUAUAUAUACAUCAGGCAAGGCAGAGGACGAGGAUUAUCCAACAGUCCUGCAACAACUGCCCUCCCCACCUACAACUGUAGCUCCGCCACCGCCUCCGCCACCACCAGGUGGUGCUCCACCCCCACCUCCUCCGCCACUAGGUGGAGCACCACCCCCACCUCCUCCACCACCAGGUGGAGCUCCACCCCCACCUCCACCUCCUCCUCCACCCCCUCCACCUCCACCCCCUCCUACAGCUUUACCUCUUUCAUUCAAAAAACAUAAGCCAGAUAAGCCAAAGGACCAGAAAUCAGGAGAUUCUGCAACACCUCUGGACUUGAAUGAUAUAGUUGGGGGUCUUCAACGACUGAAACCUUCAUCUGAGAGAAAAUACACACCAAAAACACAGUCAGAUGGAGGGAAUCCAAUGUCACAGAUCUUUGGGAUGAUCAAACUUGGUGUGAAGUUGCGGCCAGUAUCAGACGAUAAGCGUCCACCGAAGACAGACAGAUUGACCACACCUAGUGAUAACCAUCUACGACUCCUACAGGAAAGUCUGAGUCGUAUCAACCAUCUCACGCGUGAACGCUCUCCAGAUUCUGACACCAGUGAUGAGGAGUCAUUUGACUGAAAAUACCACAAAAUCUGAAGUACCUUCAAUUUAAAUACAUUUUGGUGAAGGCCAGGUAGCUUUUCUAACAUCAUAUAUAUGUGUCCCUGGAUAUGCCAGGUCAAUCUACCAGGUAUUAUCAUGGCCAGAUCAAAUUGUGAAAAAAGAAUCACCUGAUAUUUGAUGAGAAGUAGAAUUUUUAAUCAAUUUUGGAAGCUAAAAUAAGCAAGAUACUGUUGAAAUAGCAUAGAAUCAUUCAGUUUGCAUUAAUAUCUGUUUCGAUAAGAAUGUUAACAUGUAUAAGGCCUUUCACAUGACAACCCUUAGGCCUAUGACCAGAUUACUUCAUCAUAUCACUUCAUUAAUAAUUAGUCAACGUCAUAUCGCUUUAUUUUUACUCUCCUUGAUAGAAGGUUGCAUGAUAAGUCAAUGUCAUAUACACUCAUUUGUACUCUCUAUAACUGGACAGAUCUUGGUGUUAUAGUAAUAAUUUGUUAUUCAAAUUUAUUUUAAAAUCAUAUUUGAAUUUAUCCCAUUUAUACACAGUCAUAACACCCAUUACAUAGAUAAAGACGUGUAAUAACCCCUACAUGUGAAGCAGGCCUGUGAUUCCUGUAUCGAUUCCAUAAUCAUACAUUUUUGGCAUCACUUUCAUUAUGACAUCACCAAAGAAAGAGGAAUGGACUGGGAUUAUCACCAUUUUAGGCUUUCUGUCACUGAUAAAAUGCUGUAUAUUACAAUAUUUUAUUUGAAAAUGACCUUACCCAUGUAAUUAUGUGAUAAACAGAACCUUAAAUUCAUUUCCAUUUCAUAUGAAAUUUAAACUUGUGUAAGAUCCUCUUCAUGCAAAUGUAAUAUCAGCCCACUGCCAAGUCUGAGGCAUUCUGAUCUAUCAGAGUUACUUCCCUUCAUUAUGCUGUGUCAUUAUAGUGAUAACUUGACAGUCAGUGGGGUUGGGUCAUUAUAAAAUAUUAAACUGCUCUCGAAAAUAUGGUUUUAUUUUACAGGAUAUCAUUUGCAGUUACUAAUUUAUAAGAAUAGGUCAUAUCCCAGUGAAUUAUGUUUACCUUAAACAAUACUUUGGCCUGGUUCUACAUUGACUUUGUUAAAAUAAGAUUUAUGCACCAUGACAAACUAGUGAGAUUUGUAUACAUGCUGUAUGGAUUAAAACAUUUGUGAGUGAACUUUUCCUUUACCUAAAUAUACGUGACUUAAUGAGAAGACUUAUGAUUGUACAUCUGUGUAUGGAUCGUUGUGUAAUAACAAGGAGCUACAAUAUUUAAAUUAUCUCCCCUACAAUUGACCUACAUACAUUAUUUUAUAUCAUAUUUUUUGUUGUGCUUAUUUAUUAUUUAUUUUAAAAUGAAGCUUGUUUUUUAGUCAUCUUAUUGUGAUAAAUUGUUGUUUGUUUGUUAUUUACCAUAUUCAUUUUUUUAUGGGAUGAACUCCAGUGUCACAAAAUUUUGGAAGUAGCUGUGCCUAGUAUAUGAUGGAGGGAACACUCCCUCCAUCAUAUAAGGAUAUUGGGUAAUGUUGUGGUAAGACAAAAAUAACUUUUUUUGCCAUCUUUUUUGGUAUUGCCUGCAGUAUAACCAUUCCUUGCAGCAAUUUUUCAUUUCUGCAGUCUGUAUUGUUUCCACUUGAACCUCCUUUUGGUCCCCAUAUCCAAAUGGCUAUUCUCUAGUCUGAAUUUCUCUCACUACCAUCUCUUUGUCAUUUUCUUUUCAAUUAUAAUCCCCCCCCCAACCCCCCCAACCCCCCUACUCUACCCCACUCCCCAGGAUGGUAUACCGGAAUCAGGUCAACUAUAUGUAUGUGUCCAUCUGUCUAUGAAGGGGAUUUUGUCCACACUAGACCUACAGUUUUCAUUGAAACUUAUGUUUUGACCUCCUGUUUAAUCCUUUUUUUUUAUUGGUUAACAAGUGUUUGGGGCAGAAAAGGAAUCGAGGAGGAUGUGGGAGAGGGAGGGUAUGAGUCAGCCACCCUGGCGACAGUUCUAGUUAUCUUAAUUAACAAGUGUUUUGUGUGGAGUGGAAAUCAGGGUGGUUUUAGGAGGGAGAUAGGGGUACUAGCUAGCGCCGGAGCGACAAUUUUAAUUGUUUUUCCCUCUUUCAACGGCCUCUUCCCAUUUACCAGAUCCAAUCGGCCCAUUUUGUAGGUACUCGUUACAUAAAGGUUGUAUACCAUCUAGUUACAUGGAAGCUGUUCAUGUCUUAUAAAGUACGCUCCCGUCUUUCAGUCAUACAGUGUUGUCUGUUUGGCUUAUAUAUUGCAAUAUUGUAGACAAUAUGUGAUAUUUAUGUCUUAUGUAAAUAGUGUUAAUUAUUCUUAUCUUAAAUAUGAAUGUUCAUGUUAAGUUAUAUUCCUGAUUUGGAGUGUAAAUUUGAUUAAUCAGAUUUUAUUGUACCCAGAAAACUACAUAGGAUAUAAUAUGCAAUAGAUAUGACCAUAUUGGUUGUUACCAGUAUUGUUAAAGAUUUAUGGGGAUUCCUGACUAUGUACAGGUAUACCUAGAAUGAGGUCUAAAGUAUGCUGUAUACCGGUAACUGCGUUCAACUGUCAUGUAAAAUAUAUCUGUUCAUAGACACCUACCAAGGAUCAGGUUUUUAUAAUCGGAAUGAAAUGGUGUAUAGAUGUGUCUGUUAGUUAUUUAGAUGUGAAUUUCUUUAUUCAAGGAAAUAAUACCAAUAUAUGAGUAGCAUCUAUAUCAGAUAUAUUUAAUAACCUCUAAGAAAAUUAUGGAAAACAUAAUGAGUUAAAACUCUUACAAGAAUUUGUAAAUGUGUCAUAAUGAGUCCUUGUUUCUGACAUGCCAAAUAUUGCAAAGUUCAAAAUUGCUGCUUUUAAACAUUUGACAGGUUAGAGAUACUUCCUUUUGUCCCUGUAAUUAAUAUUCUUUUUUUCUUUUCAUUUAAAAUGUUCAUAUUUCAAAAACUAUAAAUGUCUCAAAUACAUAAGAUAGUACCUUGUACCCUGUACCUUCAAUUGAUGGUACCCAGUACCUUAUACUGAUGGUACCCUGUACCUUAUAUUGAUGGUACCAAAUACCUUAUAUUGAUGGUACCCUGUACUUUAAGUUGAUGGUACCCUGUACCUUAUAUUGAUGGUACCAAAUACCUUACAUUGAUGGUACCCUGUACUUUAAGUUGAUGGUACCCUGUACCUUACAUUGAUGGUACCCUGUACUUAGUUGAUGGUACCCUGUACCUUAUAUUGAUGGUACCCAGUACCUUAUAUUGAUGGUACCCUGUACCUUACAUUGAUGGUACCCAGUACCUUAUAUUGAUGGUACCCUGUACCUUAUAUUGAUGGUACCCUGUACCUUAUAUUGAUGGUACCCUGUACCUUUGUACCUGAAGUUGAUGUACCCAGUACCUUAUGUUGAUGGUAUACUUUAAGUUGAUGGUACCUGUACAUGUG